AUGGAAGGUCCAUCGAUUGUCGUGGGGAUUGAUUUCGGAACCACCUAUAGUGGCAUCGCAUACUGUGUCGCAGGAUCAAUUGAAGAUAUCCAAGUGCUAUCCAAGUGGCCCGGUGGCGGCAAUAGAACAUCCGUGAAAGUGCCGUCGGACAUAGCAUACAGAGGAGGAAUAGCUUUGCAAUGGGGAUACCAGGUUGGGCCCUUCGCUGAAGCCUGUCGCGGUAUCAAGCUUCUACUCGACGAGGACGGGGAAGUCAAAUACACUCCAUCCAUAGAGGCCAAAGUACUGCUAAAGGAAUACGACGUUAGUGUCAAGCUAGCAGUGCAGGACUAUUUGAAGCAGCUGAUCAAGCACACAAAACAAGUCCUUGAGCGCCAGCUUGCCAUUGACGAAUCUCAGAUGAAUUUGCAAUACAUCCUCACUCUUCCUGCCGUGUGGCCAGACAAAGCCAAAUACAAGCUGCUAGAAGCUGCCGUUGGGGCUGGGGCUGACUAUAAGAAUGUCUCCCUUGUCUCAGAGCCAGAGGCAGCUGCGCUUUACACUCUUCGUGCAAUUCAGCCGAAUACUGUAGCUAUCAACGACGUCUUUAUCGUUUGCGAUGCUGGGGGAGGUACUGUGGACCUGAUAUCUUACCGAAUCAAGAACCUUGAACCAUUAUGCCUCGCCGAGGUGACCGAAGGAACGGGCGAUGUCUGCGGCUCUGUUCUUCUGGAUGGCCGAUUCGACGCGCUCCUGCGAGAGAGAAUGGGAAAGAAGGCGUACAGAGCCCUAUCUCGCAAGUCAAGGGAGACAGCCAUGACCUUCUGGCAAGAGCGGGUUAAGCCGAACUUCAUGGGCGACUACGACGAAGAUUUUGGCGAGGUCGAGCAUUUCAUCCCAGUAGUAGGAGCUGCCAAUGACCCUGAGGUACCAAUUGAGGGCGGCUUUUUUGUGCUUAGCAACGACGACAUAAGAGGUAUCUUUGACCCGGUAAUCCACGAUAUCGAGGAGUUGGUUGAUCAGCAAAUGUCGGCGGUUAGAGAAAAGGGCUUCUCCGCCAAGACAAUCAUCCUGGUCGGCGGGUUUGGCUCUUCCGAAUAUCUAUUCAAUAGGCUGAAGGAGCUGAAUCCAGGGGUUAAUAUACUCCAACCUCCGAAUGGGAUUACUGACUCAAGACGCAGCGGUGCUGUCCAUCGUGGACUCGAAGGAAACAAGAUAGAAAGUCGCAUUGCGCGCCGCCAUUACGGAACUCAAGUCAGUGUCCCAUUCGAUCCUGCGAUCCAUAGUAAAGACGAUCCCAGCAAAUACUGGGACUCGCUCGAGGAAGCAUACAAAGUGGACGACCGGAUGAGAUGGUUCGUCAGGAAGUCCUCAUCGCUCUCAGAGAACGAGCCCAUUAAGCUGCAGUUCUCUAGAAACGCAAGAGUCAAAUAUCCCAAGAAUUUGAUAUUCCGUUCCUCCCUUUUAUUCUGCAAUGAUGAGGAUGCACCAGACGUCUUAGACAGGAGGGUUAUGCACUUGUGUCUAGUCGAGGCGGAUCUACGCCAGAUUCCCCAGACGCUCUUUGAGCGGAAGAAGAAUUCAAAGGGUGUGGAGUACUUCAAUAUCCCUUUUACAUUAUCCAUAACCCCGACCUCUGCGUCUUUAAUCUUUGAGUUGGAGUUUAACGGUGUGUCCUACGGAAGCGUGCGAUCCAAAUACUAGUACCCAG